AUGAAGGCGUUGCUUCAGCUAACAAUAUGGGCUUGGUUGACUCUCAUUAUUGUGCCGUUGGCGUGCCCAUCAGUAAUAGAAGAAACAAAGGAACCACCCCGAUACGAAAAAGUAACCUUUAACUUUGAAGCUGCUGACUGUACAAGCUACUUGAAAUCGGUGGAAACUGAUCUGCGAGACAAAGUCAGAAGCAAGGUGGUGCAUGGAAUACCAGUGACAGCGAAAACAGUACCAAUUUCCGAACUAUUUGUCUUAGUUGAUCUCAUAUUUGAAAGAGAAAAGUUCAUCACACUAGCAAUAAAUGUCACCAAUAGGUAUUUGGUGGGUUAUUGUGAUAAGGAUGAUAAAGGGAAAGAUCGCGCCAAUUUCCUUAAAAAUGCUAACAAAGAUGCUGACAAAGUUGCAAAAGAUAAUCUUUUUAAAGAAGCACAAGUAGUUAUAACAACUGAAUUUACAUGCGACUAUCUAGGUCUUGAACGUUAUGCCGAAACUGGAAGAAAGAACAUUGAAUUAGGAGUUUACAAACUAGAUCAAGCCAUCAGGUCGGUCUAUGGGAAAUCGGAAGAGAAGAAAAAGGCCGAGACGAAGAUUGAGGCUAAAUUUUUCAUUAUUUCCAUCCAAAUGGUUUCAGAGGCAGCAAGAUUCCAAUACAUAUUGAAUAAGGUACUCCAAGGAGGCAUAUACGGAAGUUAUAAACCAGAUUAUAAAGCGAUUUCCUUGGAGGCCAGUUGGGAUAAGAUCUCUAAAGCUAUUCAAACUGCUGAUGCUUCUGGAAAAUUUUCUUCACCGAUUAUUUUAAAGGAUGAACAUGACAAAACAUGGACAAUUAAGAAAGUGAGUGACAUAAAGAAGGACAUGGGACUUUUGAAGUUCUUGAAGACUCCAGCAGGCCAAGCAUCUCAGUUUUCUCAACUUAUGCAAAUGGCAGAUAUCUAA